UUCAACGAUUAGAGAAAGAGUAGAGACGCCAGCCCUAGUCGUACUCUCCCACACUGUCAACCUCACCGACCUCCGAUUCCGAUGGCCUACCAGCAGCCACUUCCGGGCCGGAACUCCGUCUCCAGCACCAGCUCCGGCGCCUCCGGAUUCCACUUCCUCAACUCCUCCCCCUUCGGCGACACCACCUACACCAAGCUCUUCGUCGGCGGCCUCGCCUGGGAAACUCAGAGCGACACCAUGGCUCGCUACUUCCAGCAGUUCGGCCCGAUUCUCGAGGCCGUCGUCAUCUCUGACAAAAACACCGGCCGAUCCAAGGGCUAUGGUUUCGUCACUUUUCAGGAGCCGGAGGCUGCUGCGAGGGCUUGUGCUGAUCCGACUCCGAUUAUUGACGGCCGCCGGGCGAACUGUAAUCUGGCUUCACUCCGCCGCCCUCGGCCGCCUAUGAGUUAUGUACGUACACGGCCAGCUUCUCCAUACAUCGGAAGCAUGCAACCUACUCGUGGGGCGUACGUUGGAGGAUAUGGCUACCGGCAACCUCUUCCGUACAACUAUCCACAAGGGAUGAUGUUCCCUCCUUAUGGGUAUGCAACUUAUGGACCCGAAUACGUAUAUUCACAGGGUGCUCAAAAUUCUUACGCGGGUCAGCAGUAUCUUCCAAUAUAUGGAGUUCCAGGGACAGUGAAUACUAUGUAUCCCCAUGCACAACUGGGUCAAACCAUUCCUGGUGGUCAGGGUUAUCCAACAGUAGAAAGAUAUGCCAUGCCUGCUCAGCACAUAAUCCCAUUUGUAGCCAGUGUUAAUGCAGUAACAACAACACCAGUCCCUACAAUUCAAGCACCAUAUUCCACAGGUCUUCUGAUUGAAACGUGAAGACAGCUUUGUAGCAUUUUUUCAGGAGUAAGAGCAGCAGAACUCUACUUAGGUGGCGGACUUCAGAUCUAGCCUUGCAAUUUCUUAUUUUUGCAUUCUAGAGGUAAAUUUAUUUGGUUAUCUGCG